AUGAAGGAGAGGAACAUUAUUGUCAUUAUUACAUGGAUUUUGAUUACUGUUUUUGCAAUAGUUCUUAUUGCCCAAGCAGCUUCAAGUGGUGGUAAAGAAAAAAUCUCAAAGUACCAGCUUGUCCAAGGCAAUUAUUUAAGAGCCCAUGUAAUAGGUGACUAUGGUGAAGUAGAAAAGUCUUAUAGACUCCCUAAUGGAGAAUGGCAUGUAGAAUGAGUAGCAGCUGGCAUGAGAAAUCUAGCAGACAUUCGUCCAAUUUCUAUGGUAAUUUCUGUAGGUGACAACAUUUAUAAUCAGCCAGAGGGCAGUUUUGAUAAUAGAAACUUUAAGCUGAUGCAUGAAAUCUUUGAUCAAGGCUCUAUAUCAAUGAAGCCUUGGUACGUUGUAUUAGGGAAUCAUGAUUGUAUGUCAGAUAUUUCUGACGAACUCGAUAUGACGAAAUUAUACCCAAACUGGAAUAUGCCUGCGCCUUAUUGGAAUACAACGGUUAGUAUAGGAAAUGACAUGAAACUAGGGCUUAUUUAUUUGAAUUCUUGCGAAAUUGCAUGUGAAGUCCCUGAUCUUUAUCCUUAUUUACAAGGGGAGUGUGAGUCUAUGAAAGUACAUGCUACAGAGAGUAAGGUAAAUAAACAAUAUGCAUGGCUUGAACAAGUUUUGAUUGAUCUGAAUAAAGAUACAACGAUAGCUUGGAUUGCUGUUGUAAUGCAUAUGCCAAUUUUUUCUGCAAGUGUGGAGCAUGGAGAUAAUGAUCAGCUGAAAAAGAGACUUUACCCAAUUUUAUUCAAAUAUAACGUAGAUUUAGUGUUGACUGGCCAUGACCAUCAAAUGGAGUAUUUCUAUUUAUAAUAAAAGCUCAUAAAUAUUUUCUACAAGAAGUUAAGGUCCUUAUAUUAUUUUACAGGCUUUAUUCACUAUAUAAUUGGUAUACAAUAAACAAAUUUAUUUUUGAAAUUAAAUUAUUUUUUAAAAAAAGAGGAAAAAUAAAAAUAAUACUGUAUUUAGCUAGUAAAAAGAACAGUGAGCCUACACCUUUUCAACCUAGUGUAAAUGUUACAGGAUUAAAGUGUGGGUAUAUGGAGUAUAUUCCUGAUCAAAGAGAAUUUGAUUUUGACAAAGGAGACUAUAUUCAUAAUAUUAUUAUGGGAGCUGGAGGAGCUUCUAUUGAUGAAAUUUGCCCAGACAGAGUAACAGAUAUGGCAGAUUUGAUAUAUGGGAACACAAAGAAUUAUGGGUUUAUGGAGCUAUAUGUGGAUCCAAGUAUAAUCAGCAUUAAUUUUUAUGAAUAUAAUAGCACAGAACCUAUUUUCACAUCUAAUAUUCAUAAUUAUAAUGCUACGACAAGUAGUGAAGAGUUUAAAAUAUUCUAAUUUAUUUCCAUUCUAUAAUAAAAAUUUAUAAGAUGUGCUUUAUUUAAAAUGGAAAAGGAAAAUAAAUAAUAAUUUAUUGUAUAAUGGAGUAA